GCGAUCGCCGGGUUGCUAAUAUUAAUACAACUUUUGUGACCGAUUGAUCUGGGAACUGCUGCUGCAACACGCUCAACAUGGCCGAUGAAGAAGAUCCAAAGGAGUACCGGUGGGAGACGGGAUACGAGAAAACAUGGGAAGCAAUCAAGGAGGACGACGAUGGGCUGAUCGAAGGAUCCGUGACCGACAUCAUACAGAAGGCGAAACGAAAACGGCAAGCAAUGAAACGGGGGUUCAGUAAGCUGGGCAUGAUGCGCCACUUGUACGUGCUUCUCGAUUGCUCGGAAGCGAUGACCAUUCCGGAUCUGAAGCCAACGCGCUUCAUCUGCUCGCUUAAGCUGCUGGAACUGUUCAUCGAGGAGUUUUUCGACCAGAACCCCAUCUCGCAGCUCGGCGUGAUCGCGAUGAAGGCCAAGCGUGCGGAAAAGGUAACGGAACUGAGUGGAACGUCCCGGAAGCACGUGAAAGCGGUACACGCCCUGAACACCGGUGUCCAGCUGACCGGUGAACCAUCGCUCCAGAAUGGGCUAGAGCUGGCACUCAAAACCCUGCGCCUGGUACCGUCGCACGCUAGCCGAGAAGUGUUGGUCAUCAUGGGCAGCCUGACGACGUGCGAUCCCACCGACGUGCACGUGACGAUCGAGACGCUCAAGACGGAAGGUAUCCGGUGCUCGGUCGUUUCCCUGUCGGCGGAGAUACGGAUCUGUAAAUUUUUGUGCACCGAAACGGGCGGUACGUACGCUGCGGUGCUGGAUGAUGCACACUACAAGGAUCAACUUCUGCAGCACAUCGAUCCACCGCAGGCGGGCAAUCAGCAGGAAUUCUCGCUGAUCAAGAUGGGCUUUCCGCACGGCAAGACGGAAAUGGGAAAGGAACCGCCGCUCACGAUGUGCAUGUGCCACAUCGACAGUGCGGAUGAGCCGGCCAAGCUGACUUCCGGCGGGUACCACUGUCCACAGUGUUACAGCAAGUACUGCGAGCUGCCGGUGGAGUGUGCGGCCUGCGGUCUAACGCUCGCCUCGGCACCGCAUUUGGCGCGCAGUUUUCAUCAUCUCUUCCCUGUGCCACACUUCAACGAAAUGACGCUUGAGCAGGCACAGCAACAGGGCCAGCGUGAUUCACCGGCAACGAACUGCUACGCCUGCCAGAAGACGUUUGUCGCCGUAACGGACAAAAUGGUCUACGAGUGCGGUUCCUGCCAGCAGGUGUUCUGUAUCGAUUGCGACAUUUUCAUACACGAAACGCUCCACUCGUGCGUUGGCUGCACGACCAAUCCGGCUUCGGCUCAGACCCUACAAUCGCGCAAACCCGUUGCGCCUCCCCACACCCUAUCCAUCAUCUAGCAUCAGAGCGCAUCAGAUUGGCCAUCAAACAU